AAGGUUUAUAAGCACACCCAUUUCUUUUUUUUUUUUUACCUAUUUCCUCCAGAUGGACGAUAUAAAAGGUACAACAAGGAAGGAUCUCCAGUUGUCCCCCCAGAUGGUCAAGACCCAUCAUCUAGUCCACCUCACCCCAUGGACCAUCGUGAGACUGGUAGAGCGGGGGAAACGUUGCCUUGUUCCAUGUGUGGGAAGUUGUUCGUCUGUAAGGCCAAGCUCAUCUCCCACAAGAGGGUUCACACGGGGGAAAUGCCGUAUUCUUGCUCCGAAUGCGGGAAACGUUUUUUCCAGAAGUCCUCUCUUAAAAUGCAUGAAAAGGUCCACACGGGAGACAAGCCGUAUUCCUGUUCUGAGUGCGGGAGAUCUUUUUCCGAAAGGACUAACCUUGCUAAGCACGAGCGGACCCACACGGGGGAGAAGCCAUUUUCCUGCUCCGAAUGCGGUGAAUGUUUCACCCAGAAGUCCACUCUGAUUAGACAUGAGAAAGUCCACACCGGGAUAAAGCCGUUCUCCUGUUCCGAGUGUGGGAAAUGCUUUACCGAGAGGACCACUCUCGUCGCACACCAAAGGACUCACACGGGGGUGAAGCCGUAUUCGUGUUUUAGUUGCGGGAAAUGUUUUGCCCAGAAAGCAACUCUUAUUAAACACGAAAAGGUCCACACGGGUGAGAAGCCCUAUUUGUGUUCCCUGUGCGGGAAACGUUUCACGGAUAGGUCGCGUCUCGCCAACCAUCAGAAGACUCACACCGGAGUGAAGCCGUUUACGUGUUCCGAAUGUGGAAAAUGUUUCACCGAGAAAACGUCGCUCGUGAGACACGAGAGACUUCACACAGGGGAAAAGCCGUUUUCUUGCACGGAGUGUGGAAGAUGUUUUACUCAAAAGUCAACUCUUGUCAAACAUGUAAAAGUUCACACUAGGUGA